AUGAUGAUGUUGCAUGACCUGCUCCGCUACCACAGAGAAACAGGAGGGAAAACAAUCUUAUCGAGAACCUUUCAGUCCAAUGAGGUACUGACUCCACUUCAAAUUCCUUCACCUCCAACUGUCUUGCAAGACAGAUAUGAAGAGUUCAGGGAAUCCCUUCAUCACUGCAAGCUUUCUGGGGGAACAGAAAGGGAGCAUGGAGAAAUUGUUCUGCCUGUAUUGCCAAAAGACCACAGAUCACCAUGCACACUUGUGAGAGGACAUCGUCAUUUUGGUAGUGAUGUAUUCCCUUGCCCAAGAGGCCUUCCUAUUGAGCAGUACUAUGAUGUCACCAUGCUGAAAAAAAGUGAUGUGCGUAUGAAUGAUGAUCUACUUUGUAAGCCACCGAGCAGUUUGGCUAAACCGCUGAGCCUGCCGUUUCCCACCUCUCAUCCCUACCAGACACACAUCUCUAGGUAUGCCAUGUUCCCGGACUUCAGAUCACCUGAGGAUCGAGACACUGGAACUGAUGCAAGCUGUUGCCAGCCUUUUCAUUCUGAUAUCUCCUGCGAGGCUUUUGAUGUGGUUGUUCUACGGAGUACCAGAGGUAACCCAUACAGGCAUGAAGUUGUCAGCAUUCCCUUUGAUUCCUUGAAGGAGGCUUUGUGCUGUAGAAGACAGCACGCAUGCUUGCAAGUUUUCAGAGAGUUAGAACAUAAGGUCUCUUCAAGAACAACCAAUAUACUACAAAACAUUGAAAGAGCUCAGUGGAUCACAACAUACAAUCGAAACUUCACAGGAAGAGGUCCUAUGAAUCCCCUUAUCCUGGAUGACUACUACAUGAAAGCAGUUGGCAGAUUAACUGGAGAACUCGGUACAGAUGUGGAACUUAAAGAAACAUUCAUGUCUAGUCCCUCACAAGUGAGGCCGCUUGGAGGGCGCACGGCGCGUUUACUGCAAGGCCGACAUCCCUGUGAAUCUGUUCUGCAGGAACAGCACUGCUGCCACGAGCGGGCCAAACCACCUCAGGUAUCCCACCAGAAAAACCACUAUCUGGAUGCAGGGCUGCCAAUAAGCAGAUUUCAGAAAAUCGUUAAUAGAAAGCAAGUGGAAGCACUGUACCAGGGGCAGUUUUCAGGAAGGCCGGAACUUCAGUCCCUUCCAGAGUCUGCGCGUUCUCUUUCCUGUGAAGAUUUAAAGCCCAAACAUUUGGACCAACAUACAAUAUGGGCAAACCCACUUAGUAAGACAGUCUUGCCGCAGGAUGGAAACAGGGAGGAAAGCAAAAUUGUAUUGCACAAGCUCUGGAACCAAGAAGCAAGUGAGCCUGCGUGGAGACCAGAGGACAGACUAGGAGAGGUGGCACUGCCAGAGUGGGUCCCUGGCUCUGAGGUUGCUCGGCGCCAAACAGUGCUGCUGGAGCUGCAGCAUUCCUUCUCAAAGACAGCAGCACAAAAAUGUUUUCAUGACUCUAUCAACGGAGAGACAAAAGACCUCAGAGAUAACAUUAAUAAGGGAAGGAGACAUGAAUUCUAUGGUUUCAAUGCUUUUUAUUUCCAUAACUGA